UUUGGGGUUUGGGGUUUCCUCCCGGCACUGGAAGCCCAGCCCAGGAAAUUCUUCCGGGCAGCCUCUCAAGCCCCUCUUUGUGCGCUUGGGAUUUUUAACAUGCCUUCCCGGCGGCUGCGGACGAGGUGCCCGGUUCCGGACGGGAUGCCCGGUUCCAGACGGGGUAUCCAGCUCUCCCGGGGCUCUGAGGAGCUCAGCCAGGCUGUGGCGGGAUGGGAUGGGAUCUGGUGUAGAUUUAGGGGAUGGGGCUGCCCGUUCCCACCCAUCCCCUCAAAGCCAGGAGCUGCUGUGCCAUGGGACACCCCCGGGGGAUACUCAGCACCCUUUACUGCUCUGGAUUGGCUGCAGGAUGAAGGACUGGGGGUGGUGGUCCUCGCCGGGUGCCAGACCCCCCCGUGGUGAGCAGCAGGAUCACCACAUCCUCCCCUCCAAACCCCGCUGGCUUGGCCCUGCCGCGCUGCGGCGUUGGCCUUGCUGCCAAGGCGUCGCUGAUUCCCUGCCUCGCUCCAGCCCCUGGGAAUGACCUUGGCUGCCUCAGCUGCGCCAACGGCUGCCUGGGACCCCCGUGCUCCGGGGGGAGGAAGCCACCAGCCUUGGGGCAGCAAGAGGAAGCGGCGGCGGCUGCUGACACCCUGCGGGGACGCGGGUCCCCUCCCCGGAAGGAAAGCGCUGCCGGUUUCCAUCACCCCCUGGUUUCCAUCACCCCCUGCUCGGGGUGCAGCCAGGACAGGGAGGCCCCCGUUGGGUGGGCUGUGGGUGGGAGGAGGGGGGUACCCUCUGCCUGAGUGCCUGGAAUCCCUGACAGCGCCCUCCUGCCCGCCCAGAGCCACCCGCUGCCAUGCCAGUGACCGUGACCCUGCCCGGCCCGGCCCCGUGGGGCUUCCGCAUCUCCGGGGGACGAGAUUUCGGGAAGCCCAUCACUGUCUCCAAGGUGACAGAGCAUGGGAAGGCGGCUGCGGGCGACCUCCGGGUGGGGGAUGUCAUUGUCACCAUCAACGGGGAGAGCGCGGCCGAGAUGCUGCACGUGGAGGCCCAGAACAAGAUCAAGCAGAGCCCUGGGCAGCUCCGGCUGGAGGUGGAGAGGUCCCCGAUGCCACCUCCCAGCCACGCCAACGGGGAUGCCUCACUGGAGAGGUUGGCCACACGUGUCCAGGUGAGCCCCAGCACACCCUGUCCCCCCACCCAGGGCUGGUGGCAGCUGCUGGUGUCACCCUCCCCUCCCCAGGACACGCUGAGGACGCGGGAUGAGAGCCAGGGUGCCCUGAGAGCCCCCGACCCCAGCCUGGCAUCCCCCAUCCACCUGCCCCACAGUGCCAGCUCCCAAUCCCUGGAGGAGGAGUUCGCCCGUCCCUCCCCCUGCCAGGAGCGAGGAAUCCUGACCCGCCAGAACAGCUGCCAGGGAUCCAUCCUGCCUCCACCCCCCUGCCCACCCUCACCGGGGUUUGGAGCCCCCCAAAACCCCUGGGAGACACAGAGGGAGCGUCGCCCUUCCCUCUCUCCCAGCACCUGCAACAGACAUCUCCCCCUUGGGGUGCCGUCCCACAGCCAGGGCUCGGAGCCGGCCAUGAGGCGCUUGGAGGAGGACUCGGAGGUCUACAAGAUGCUGCAGGAGAACCGGGAGCUGCGGGCGGCCCCGCGGCAAUCCAGCACCUUCCGCCUGCUCCAGGAGGCGCUGGAGGACGAGGGAGGAGGUGGUCCCACAGCCCCCUUCCGCAGCCGGCUCUCGUCCAGCGCCCGCAAACCCGUGGCCGGGGUCCAGAAGCUGCACGUCUGCGAGAAGUGCGGGAGCAGCAUCGCCACUCAGGCGGUGCGGAUCCAGGACGGGCGGUACCGGCACCCGUCCUGCUACAGCUGCGCCGACUGCGGCCUCAACCUCAAGAUGAGGGGCCACUUCUGGGUGGGCGACGAGCUGUUCUGCGAGAAACACGCCCGCCUGCGCUACCAGGGCCCCCCGGGGGCGCCCGUGUCCCCCCCGCCCGUGUCCCCCCACUCCUGAGCC